CAUAACACAACUUGUGCAACCAUUUCCUAAAACACAAUCCUAGGACCAUACAUUAAUUUCACAACAUGGACGAUGUUGUUGUGAUGCAAGAGAAUCAUCAAAAGAUGGAAGUGGAAAACAAUGCCAUAGUUGAAAUUCUCUACAAGUCACUAUGGGGAAAAGGGACAAUGGGCAACGUUACCAAAUUACUAGCAAGUGACCUUGAGUGGUGGUUCCAUGGUCCCCCUCAUUGCCACCACAUGAUGAAGGUGCUCACAGGAGAGGCAGAUCACACCAAAGGCUUCCGGUUUGAGCCGAGGCGGGUUGCCGCCGUCGGUGGCGACCACGUGAUCGCCGAGGGGUGGGAGGGCAAGGCCUAUUGGGUGCAUGUUUGGACACUAAAAGAUGGCCUCAUAACUCAAUUUAGAGAGUACUUCAACACAUGGCUUGUGGUGAGGAAUCUGAGGCAACCAAGUUGGGAAGAUAGGAAAGAAAGCAUCAUAUUUUGGCAAAGCCAGGCUUGUGAUCUCUAUCAAAGGUCACUUCCAGGACUUGUAUUAGCCAUUUAG